GACCCAUACUUCCUCGCAGCACAGAGCGAGAGUUACUUAAACGAACCAAUCACAGAAGAGCGCCGGGACAUUUAAACUGCGUCUCUUGAUGUUUUACAAAAUUCAAACGUUACGAUUCAGUACUCGGAAACGCUGAGGUUCUUUGACGUUUUCUGAAAGAGAUCCUUUGAAACCAAACGUACGAUGACGCAGUUUGGCUUCGAUAAUGACAUUCAAAGUAUCCUCAAGCUGGACAUGCCCAUUACAAACGCUCCCAUGGCUAGGUGGCAGAGGAAAGCCAACUCCUCGAGCUCCGCAGCACUGGGUGGUCUGUCGCCGGGCAAAUCGACCAAUGUGUCAUUGAGCUCUUCAAAAACACCCAGCAAAACACCAGGAAAAAAUAAAAAACAGACUCCCUCCAAGAUGGUUGGUGACCGCUUCAUUCCAACAAGGAACAGCAACCAAAUGGAUGUGGCAAGCUUCCUGCUCUCAAAGGAAAAUGAACCAAUGGAUGCAAGCAAUCCAGUACCAUCAGAAAGCCAGAGGGCUUGGUCUGUGUCAUUGAAUGGAUACAAUAUUGAAGAUGCAAAAAUCCUGCACUUGGGAGGAAAACCACUAAAUGCACCAGAAGGCUAUCAAAACAAUUUGAAAGUCCUCUACAGUCAAGUUGCUACACCCGCUUCAGUCAAGAAAACAAGAUAUAUAUCCUUAACUCCUGACAGAAUCUUGGACGCUCCUGAUCUUCGAAAUGACUUCUAUCUGAAUCUACUUGAUUGGAGCAGUCGUAAUGUCCUUGCUGUGGGGCUUCAUAACAGUGUUUAUUUGUGGGAUGCCACUCAAGGAGACAUCAUUUUUCUCAUGUCUAUGGAGAGGGAGGAGGACUAUAUCUGUUCAGUGUCCUGGGCCAGUGAUGGAAACUACCUGGCUGUUGGAACCAGUGACUGUAAAAUACAGCUGUGGGAUGUUGAAGCUCAAAAGCGUCUACGAAACAUGGCCAGCCACACAACUAGAGUCGGUAGCCUGAGCUGGAAUGCACAUAUUCUUUCCAGUGGCUCCAGGUCAGGCCACAUUCACCAUCACGAUGUGAGGGUGGCAAACCAUCACUUGUCAACACUCAAUGGUCACUCCCAGGAAGUGUGUGGCCUGAAGUGGUCUCCCGAUGGCCGCUACCUGGCCAGCGGGGGCAAUGACAACCUAGUAUAUGUAUGGCCCCGUGGGCAAGAGGGCAGUGUUAGCAAUGACACCCAGUGGGUCAACUGCUGGAAUGAACAUCAAGGAGCGGUUAAGGCCUUAGCCUGGUGUCCAUGGCAGCCCAACAUCCUGGCAUCUGGAGGUGGCACCAGUGAUCGUCACAUACGUAUCUGGAAUGUUAACAGUGGUUCCUGCGUCACUUCUCUUGACACUCAGUCUCAGAUUUCAUCACUGGUGUUUGCACCAAACUACAAGGAGCUGGUCUCAGGACAUGGUUAUUCUCACAACAAUGUUGUCAUCUGGAAAUAUCCAUCCCUGAGCAAAGUUGCAGAGCUCAACAGCCAUCAAGACAGAGUUCUCAACCUGACAAUGAGUCCAGACAACUGCUUUGUUGCGUCUGUAGCCGGAGAUGAAACCAUUCGCAUGUGGAAGAGCUUUGAGAUGGAUCCUGUUAAGAAGAAGGCCAAAGAAAGGAUGAUGAAACCACUGAGCAGUGUCAUCCACCAGCCCAUCAGAUGAAAUGUUAUUUUUUGUUAAUCUAUGUUUCUUUAAAGUUUUUAAGUCCAUGUUGAAUGAAUUGUUUUUACAAACUACAAUAAAGAUUUCUAACCAGCCUUUUA